AUGCCGCCGCGACGGCGCCGCCGAGGGGUGCGGCGCGGGACGCGUUUGCAAGCGCACGCUGCAGGCCCGCGCGACGCCCCCGCCGAGGCGGCGGCGCGCCAGCGUGUGGCGCGGCGCGCAGCGGCGGCCGCCGCGGCAGGGUCUCACGUCGUUUUCGGCAGCACGAUCUCAUCGGGCCCCGGCGCCAGCUCAGCGAUGACCUGGCGGCCGCGGGCGGGGCGGUUGUGGCCGGACGCGUCGACCAGCCGCUCGGUCGCGCGGGGGCUGCGCGGCGAGCGGGGCCGC